UUUCCAGCCUCGAGGUUCAGUACUAGUGAAAACUGUGUCCCCAUCAUCCGUCAGUUCUCUUGUGACACCUGACAGCUGUUUUCAGCCUUUCGUAUUCGAUGGAUUUGUUUCGUUAAAUGAGAAGGUCGAAAGCCGAAAACCUGUAAGAAUUCUCCGUGACACAGGAGGAUCUCAGUCCUUUAUAUUAUCAGAUAUUCUGGGUUUUUGUGCUGAUUCGGCAUGUAAUACCAGUGCGAUUGUGCAGGGUAUUGAAAUGGGUUUUGUGCCUGUUCCUCUCCAUCGAGUAUAUGUUUUUUCUGAUUUGGCAUCUGGGUGCUUUGAGGUUGCAGUUCGUCCUUCUUUACCGGUGAAAGGUGUGGAUUUUAUCAUGGGAAAUGACAUAGCUGGAGGUAAGGUAAUGCCGGUAGUACAAGUUGUUGAUGUCCCAUGCAAUGAUUCGCAGGCUGAUGCACUUGGUAAAAAUUUGCCGAAUGUGUUUAGUGCUGUUGUAACGCGAGCACAGGCGAAACAGGACAUUCACGAAAGUAAUACUCUUUGUGAUUCUGUCUUUUCACAGAUUUUGAAAACUGAUGUUCUUCCCGACUCUCCUGACUCGACUAAAACGACUUUAAAGGCAUCUGAUGGCUUUGAUCUUAGUUUGAUCUCUGAUUUGCCCAUCUCGCGUGAAAUUCUGAUCGAAGCUCAGCGAAAUGAUUUAUCAUUAGAAAAAUGUCGUGCGAGUGUUGAAAAUGACAAAAAGUCGCUGCGUAAUCACCAGUUCUACUGGAACGAUGAUGUGCUCAUGCGUAAAUGGAGUAGAUCUUUAAAUUCUGAGCAGCGAGACGAUUGGAAUGCGGUGCAUCAAAUUGUGGUACCUUCGAAAUUUCGAUCACAUGUUUUAAGUCUGGCUCAUGACCAUCCUUGGUCUGGACACCUAGGGAUAACUAAGACCUAUAACCGGGUGCUCCAGCAUUUUUUCUGGCCAGGGUUAAAGUCUGAUGUUGUGACACACUGUAAGACGUGUUACAUUUGUCAGGUUAGUGGAAAACCUAAUCAGAUUGUACCACCUGCUCCUCUGUGUCCUAUUCCUGCCGUUGGAGAACCAUUCGAGCGCGUUCUAGUUGACUGUGUGGGUCCAUUUCCUCGGGCUAAGUCUGGUUGUCAAUAUUUGUUGACAAUCAUGUGCGCGGCUACCCGGUUUCCAGAAGCCAUUCCGUUACGCAACAUAACGGCUAAGACAGUAACUAAAGCCUUAACUAAAUUCUUUACAACAUUCGGUUUGCCGAAAACUGUCCAAACUGAUCAGGGUUCGAAUUUUGUGUCUCGUAUCUUCCGUGCCUCGUUAAAGGCUCUUGGCGUUUCUCACGUAGUAUCAAGCGCCUAUCAUCCCGAGUCGCAAGGUGCUUUAGAGAGGUGGCACCAAACAUUAAAAUCUGCACUGAGAAAGUACUGUACAGAGACUGGGAAUGAGUGGGAUGAUGGAGUUCCUUUGGUGUUAUUCGCGGUACGUGAGGCGCGGCAGGACUCGCUUGGGUUUAGCCCGUCAGAGCUUGUGUUUGGACAUAAUGUCCGUGGUCCUUUGAAAAUGUUAAAGGAAGAAUUUCUCGGUAACAGUUCGUCUGUGAAGACCAACGUCCUUGAUUUUGUAUCACGUACUCGCGAACGUUUGCACAAUGCUUGUGCUGUGGCGAAGGAAGCACUUUCUCUGUCACAAACGAAAAUGAAAAAACAUUUUGAUAGGAAAGCAGUUAUGCGUAAUUUUUUGCCAGGUGAAAAAGUUUUGGUGUUGCUUCCUAUUCCUGGAUCUUCUCUCUCUGCGCGUUUCUCUGGUCCUUACGUGAUAAAAAGUAAGUGGAAUGAAACUGAUUAUAUCUUACACACGCCAGAACGGAGGCGAAAAACUCGUUUAUGUCACAUAAACAUGUUGAAACCAUAUUUUUGUGUCGAACCAAAAGAGAACCCUGAGAAUUUGGUUAGUGAAUCGGUGACUAAAGGAAAUACUGAGCGCGUUUCAUUGUUGGCUUAUGCUUUGCCUGCCGAUACUGCGGACGAUGGGUUGAAUGUAUCCAUGGAAGCUUUAGGAGGAGGAUGUUUUGAAAACUCUAAGAUUUUAUCUUUGCUUCCUGAGCAACUAUCCUAUCUAUCGCCUGAACAGCGAGAGGACGUAAUGAAGUUGAUAGACAGUUUCCCGUGUUUGUUCAAUGACGUUCCUCCGGGUACUAAUGUCAUUCAGCAUGACAUUGAGGUCGGUAGCGCAUUACCGAUCAAGCAACACGCUUAUCGUUGCCCAAUGAGUCUGAGAGAAGCCAUGAAAAGUGAGGUUAAGUACUUAUUGCAGAAUGGUUUCGCUGUCCCGAGUAAUAGUCCAUGGAGCUCACCGUGUGUUCUGGUACCGAAGGCUGAUGGGUCUUUACGUUUCUGCACUGAUUUUAGAAAGGGAAGCAGGUGGGAAACGGUAAGGUACGGCCAUUGGACGGAAAAGUGACUGCUGUCCUCAGUUACCCAGUGCCUACUACGAGGAGAGAACUACGUAGAUUCCUGGGGAUGGUUGGGUACUACCGGUGUUUUUGCAAAAAUUUCUCGAGUGUGGUUGCUCCUUUAACGAAGUUGUGUAGUCCUAAAGUUUGUUUUGACUGGACUAAUGAGUGCCAGCAGGCAUUUCUUUCUGCUAAAUCUCUUCUUUGUAGUGCACCUGUGCUGUCUGCUCCAGAUGUGACUCGUCCAUUCCAGCUUGAGGUCGACGCUAGUGCGGUUGGAGUGGGAGCUGUCUUGCUGCAGGAGGGUGCUGAUGAAAUAGGCCACCCCGUAUCGUACUUUUCAGCUAAGUUUAACAGUCAUCAGUUGAAUUAUUCAACGAUUGAAAAAGAAACUUUAGCUAUGUUGUUAGCCUUACAACAUUUUAAUGUUUAUGUGGGGUCUAGUUCUUCUCCGAUCGUUGUUUAUACGGAUCACAAUCCGCUGGUUUUUCUGGGUAAAAUGUACAACCAUAAUCAACGAUUGAUGCGUUGGGCUUUAAUGGUCCAGCCGUAUCAUUUAGAGAUCCGUCAUAAAAAAGGAUCUGAUAACGUGGUAGCAGAUGCGUUGUCUCGUGGAUUGAGUUAAGCUCUGGUUCUAUGCAGAAUCAGUUUUCUUUUCCCCUUCUAAGGAGGGAAAGAAGAGGAAAAAAAAAAGUCUGAUUCUUCCUUUAGGGGGAGAAGUGUUACGGCCUCAGCCUUAUGGGUGUUGCCUAUGUAUUUGUGUGUGUAUGUUUGUCUUGUAAUCUAAUUAAUGUCUCUUCUUAAGUGUAGGCUCCUCCCUUGCGCACCUGUGGUUCGUUGCUCUGAUGGCUCGUGCUGAGCAUAUAAGCGGUGUGUGCAGGAGUGUGAGACACGCAGCGGUGAAACUCCGUGCGCGUCAUGACCAUCUAAACAUUCGAUCAGCUUCAACUCAAGCCUGUGUUCUUUGUAUUGUGCCACUAUUCUGUUUUAUUUUGUUAGUGUUUGGUAUGUCUAGUGUAGAGAAAAUGUGAGUUUUCUGUGGGAAGAGUGAGAACAUGAGAGACGUGAGAUUGUGCAGUCAUUUAUUAGUAUAAAUAAAUGUUUUAAACUGC